AUGGAUGUGGUAUCGGAAGGGGCAAAGUGUGAGAAGCUAGAAGAAAUUGUUAUAGAUGGUGAUCCGGAAAAUUUUUUCCAAAUCGGAGCUCAACUGCCUUCUCGAGAGAAGGAAAAGUUAAUAGCGUUUCUUAGAGAGAACGUUGAUGUAUUUGCGUGGAAUGCUUAUAAGCUCCUGGGGAAGCAACCACCUCGGUGCUCAUCCAAAGAGCAUUCUGACACUGUCAAGGAGGAGGUGAACAAGUUUAAGCAAGCUAGGGCUAUUAAGGAAGUUUUCUACCUUGAGUGGUUGGCCAAUACAGUGAUAGUGAAAAAGAAGAGUGGGAAAUGGAAUUACCACUACAAGGUGAUGCCCUUUGGUUUAAAAAAUGCAGAGUCUACUUAUCAGAGGAUGAUGACCAGAAUGUUUGAGCUACAACUAGGAAAAAACAUUGAGAUUUAUAUAGAUGACAUGGUGGUUAAGAGUAAGCUGGAAUCCGAGCAUAUUAAUGAUCUCGGGGAUAUCUUUGGGUUCUUGAGGAGACACAAACUGCGACUUAAUGCUUCUAAAUGCUCUUUUGGCGUCGGAUUAGGGAAGUUCUUGGGGUACAUGGUUACCCAUCUCGGAAUUGAAGUCAACCCUGACCAAAUUAAAGCAAUUAACAACUUACAGCCACCUCGGAAUCCCAAAGAGGUCCAGAAGUUGACAGGAAUGACUGUUGCUCUAAACCAAUUCAUUUCUCGGUCAGCAGACAGGUGUAGGCCUUUCUUCCAGUUGUUGAACAAGUGGAAGGGAUUUGAAUGGAUUAAGGAGUGCAUCUUAGCCUUUCAACAGUUGAAGGAAUACCUAUCUCGACCACCCAUUAUGUCAAGGCCCAAGGUGGAUGAGGUGCUAUUUGCUUACAUUGCUGUGGCUUCCCAUGUAGUGAGCUUGGUGUUUGUACGGGUUGAUGAUGGUAUACAGAGGCUAGUUUAUUAUGUGAGUAAGUCACUACAUGAGGCCGAGGUCUGUUACCUAUCACUGGAGAAGGCCAUUUUAGCAGUGGUGCAUGCUACGCGUAAGCUUCCCCACUAUUUCCAAUCCCAUACAAUUGUUGUUUUAACUCAACUUUCACUUAAAUUACUUCUUCGGAGUGCUGAUUACACUGAAAGGAUUGCCAAGUGGUAUACAAUAUUAAGGGCUUUUAAUAUAAAGUACAUGUCUCACACCUCUGUCAAGGGUCAGGUCCUUGCUGCUUUAAUGGCCGAGUUUGCUGAAUCCCCAUUAGAAGAGGAAAUGGAAAAGCAGGACAUGGAUGGAAAAUCGGUUGGGUUAGUCUCCUUACAAGAACCUUUAUCCUGGAGCGUAUACGUUGAUGGUGCAGCGAAUCACAGAGGAUCUGGAGUGGGGCUAGUUUUGAUAUCUCCCGAGAGGAUCAUAAUUAAGAAAUCCUUGAGAUUAGGCUUCUCGGCCACAAACAAUGAAGCUGAGUAUGAAACUCUGUUGGUAGGAAUGACCAUGGUUCAGAAAAUGGGUGGAAAAGUAGUGGAAAUAUUCUCAGAUUCAAGGCUGGUUAUAGGCCAAGUUCAGGGAGAGUUAGAGGCCAGGGACAUGAGAAUGAAAGAAUACUUAAGUCAGGUUAGGCAUUUACAGUCAGGGUUUGAGUCUUUCAAUUUACAGCACAUUCCUAGAAGUGGAAACACCCAUGCCAAUUCUCUAGCCACGCUUGUAAUCUCCUCAGCACAAAGCCUGCCUCGGGUUAUCCUUGUUGAAAAUUUGUGUAAGGGUACUGAGAUGAAGAAUGAGGUGGUCCAUAUCCAUCAAAUUAGGGUGGGACCUAGCUGGAUGGGCUCUAUAGUAUUGUUCUUGGAGGAUAUCUUACUUGAAGAGAAGUUAGAGGCCGACAAGGUGCGAAGAAAGGCUCCUCGGUUUUGGCUGUCUGAGGACCAAAAAUUGUACAAACGCUUUUUUUCGGGGCCAUACUUACUAUGCGUACAUCUAGAAGCAUCAGAGCUACUCCUUGAAGAGCUACAUGAAGAGAUUUAUGGAAGCCACACGGGAGGUAGGUCUUUGUCUCACAAAGCCCUUACUCAUGAAUACUAG